AUGUUAUGUACUAAAAUAAUACUUUUGGCCCUACGCAGGAACCACAUCAGCCGACGAAGCGAAGUGCAAUGUCAAAUUUCAGAUAGUCAGUCAAGAACAAAAGCUAGCCAACAACGUGCAUUGUCCAGUAUAUAUAAUUCAGAACAAAUUGGUGUUGCAGCAGCCCAAGAACUUAUUGAACAAGGAGAAAAAUUAAAUCGUGCUGAACAGAAGCUUGAAGAAAUUAGUGAAUUGCAAAAAGAUAGUCAAAAGAAAAUUAAUACUUUAUCUAGUGUUUUCGGUGGAUUUAAAAACAUUUUUUCUCGAAGACAAUCACAACCUGUUCCUCAAAGCUCCUCGGUGGUGGACAAGACGUUGAAUAAUAGAAAUCAAAGUAAUCUGAGACAAUCAAUUCAGUGUGAAAAUUCAUGGGGCAAUCAGUACACAAGUACAUUGCAACAAAAAAUGAUUGAACCCAACAACACCUCGCAAUCUGCAGAUGUUGAGUUUGAGAACAAUUUAGCUCUAAUGGGCGAUGGCAUGUCUCGAUUAAAAAGUUUAGCUCAAGGUAUGCAUAAUGAAUUAAGAAGUCAAAAUGACCAACUUGAUCGAAUGGCGCCGCAAAUUCAUCGAGUCACUGAUACUAUGUCAAAUCAAAAUCGUCAAAUGAACAAACUUCUAGGAAUCCGACCAAAAUAA